GAAAGUUUGCAGUUACUGAGUGCAGAUAGGUGUGAGAGCCUUAAAGAUACCUUGGUGAUACAUCUCAAGAUUUCUGUAUCAGGGUCUACUCUUUAUCUGACUACGUGUGAGCCAUCUCCACUUGAACCAACCACAUGUGAGCCCACCCAUUUUGCUGCUUUUUCCACACCUCUGUGUCUUUCAAGCCUCUGUCUCCGUGACCCUGUUGAAGCAGUACUCUCCGACAACUUUUUCACACUGAAUUGGUUUUUCAGUGAGAACACUGUAGGUAUGGACGAGAGUGGAUAUCCAUCUGUGUAUGUGGUGGACAGCCAUGUCACCCGGCCUUCAUUGCCGCCCAGGCUGAGCGAGAGGCCACAACGUGCUGGGGUGACACAGACCCUACUGUUCCUGCUAGUGAGUUUGGCGCUGUGCGGCAUGGUGAUAGAAGCCUGCUUCAUCUACCGUCUCCACCAACAUGAAUCUGGCUCCUCAGCAUCACCCUCCAAGCUCAUUGCAGGUGAAGAUGUUGCUGCUCCAACUAAAAGGCCCAGUCUUGUCACUCCUUCCAAACCAGUUGCACAUCUGACAGAUGGACAACAUAUAGUUCAUGGAAAGAAAAUCAUGGCAUGGAGCAUGGCUGCAGAACCUCUCCUCUAUAAGAUGUACUACAAAGACCAAUGUCUUGUCAUUCAGAAGGAGGGUUUUUACUAUGUCUAUUCCAAGGUUUCCUUCAGAGACUCCAAUAUAUUUCACCAUUCUAUUGAACUGAAUACAACACUGUACUCUGGGAAAAGUAUUACCCUCCUGUUGUCCAGAAAAUACUCAGAGGGGUCCAGCAGUAAACGAUCCAACAGUUACCUGGGUGGAGUGUUUCACCUCCAAGAAAGUGAUGCCAUCUUUGUGAAAGUGAGCGAUACCUCAAAAAUUGAGCGACACAAAGCCUAUGAAAACAUAUUUGGUGCAUAUAUGAUAUAAAUAUCACAUUGAUUAUUUCACAAUAAUCUGAAAGCAGUUAGAGUAAAUAGAAGCGGAUGGAAAAUCUUCUCAAGGAUUAGAGAUUCUUUGUAAUGCAAAAGCAGGUCAGUAAGCAGAAAUCGAGGCAGGUGUGAAAACCAUCAUGAAGGUCAGGGCAGGUGGCUUUCUCUUUCGGGGGUGAAACGCUUCAUUUUUUUAAAUUAUGUUGAGUGACAAAACUCUUUUUCACAUCAGAGACUUUUUAUAUGCUUACUUGUAUACUUAUUUUUAUACAAUAUAUAUACUUGUUACAAAAUGACUUGUCAUAGAUGGAUUAAAACAAAUCUUUCAUACAUUGUUCAGUCUCCCUGAGCUUCAUAUUAUUGCUGAGUAUACAUUUAUAUGCGUUUAUAUGUUCAUGCUAAAAUUAAAAAAAAAUAGAAAUUGUAACCUUGCGUAUUUCUUUUCACUCUUGCUGUGGCACAUACAGCACAUUAUUUAUUUAUUCCUCUAGUGGUAAAAAUGAAUGAUGUAACUGCUUUAAUUCUACUGUAUUUAUGUACAAGAAUAUGUAUGAAACAA